UCGAUCUCUGGAGUCUGCGAUCCCUUCUAGGCCUCCCGGGUUCUGAAUUCGGCCCGCUUUCGGUGCAGACGCGGAACUCGGUUGGGGAGGGUGUCUCUGAGCAUGUACAGAGUGCGUUUUCCUAGCCUGCGAAUCUCAGUUCGGCCCGCGUCUCCUUUCGGCGCAGACGCGGAACUAGUUCCACAACUGCCGUGAGCGGAAAAAUAAUCCGGCCACCGGCAACGCUUCAAAGUUUGGCUGUGCUCCAGAGGACUAUGGGGAACCAACUGGCCCCAGGGCCCCCUUUCAUGCCCCACUUGCAGGCCCUGCACGUGGUGGUGGUUGGUCUGGAUGCAGCCGGCAAAACAUCGCUGCUGUACCGCUUGAAGUUCCAAGAGUUUGUCAAGAGCGCGCCCACGAAGGGCUUCAACAUGGAGAAGAUUCGGGUGCCACUGGGCGGCUCACGCGCCAUCACUUUCCAGGUGUGGGAUGUGGGCGGCCAGGAGAAGUUGCGCCCCCUGUGGAAAUCCUACCUGCGCCGCACGGAUGGAGUCGUGUUUGUGGUGGACGCUUCGGAGGCCGAGCGGCUGGAGGAGGCCCGCGUGGAGUUGCACAAGAUCGUCCGCUCCUCGGAAAACCAGGGCGUCCCCAUGUUGGUGCUGGCCAACAAGCAGGAUGUGGCCCAGGCCCUCUCCGUAGCCGAGGUGGAGAAGUUCCUCGGCUUGCACGAACUGUGUGCCUCCACCUCGAACCACAUCCAGGGCUGCAGCGCUGUCAGUGGACAGGGCCUUCAGCAAGGCCUGGAGAAACUCUACGAAAUGAUUCUCAAGCGCAAAAAAGCCCUUCGCACCAGCAAGAAGAAGCGCUGAGAAACUGGGGUGUGAGAUAAUCUCGGGGGGAUUCAGACAUUUUGCACCUGGACCGCAGUUUAUUGCCACCCAAGGGCAUUGUUUCUGAGCAAUGCGAGGUUGCAAGCCAGACAAUUUCCUCUUUGGUGACUCUGUUUUUUGGACGUAAGAAUUGUGCCCUCGUUUUUGUAUUUUUAUGUUGUGAACCACCCUGUGAUCUUCGGAUGGUGGGUAGUAUACAAACUGAAUAAAUAACAGGGAUAAAACUUGCCAUGGGCAGUAAGAAAGCAUCUUGGCAGCCUCCCCUGACCUGGAUUCCCCGGGAGGCUGGUAGUUUGGGGAGAAAGGGGGAAUUUUCCAAAGAGUUGGAGGUCCAUCGUGUGCCAACCGCAUUAUUUGUUUAUAUCUUUUCAAAAAGAAAGUAAUGUUUUCUGGGCUCCCCACCCCUGUUUUUCUUUUUCUUUUUUAGAAAACAAACCUUAAAUUAUUAAAAAACCAUUCUUUUCAUAGUUGGGGACGAAGCAUUUGUGUCAUCUUUUGUGCACAAGGGUGAGGGAGGGUUUUGGCAUGCUAAGGAGAUGAACGAGAUGAUAUAUAAGGGAAGAACGCAGAGCCGCUUGCGUGCUGUGUUAAAAACUGAGAUGGGAAAGCUAGGAGCUAAAGGGCACCUUAAAUCUAGAUUAUGGCGCAACAACGGAAUGUCUUAUAACAAGAAUACAAAGCUGAAAAUGAAUGAAGUGCAGCUAAAAUAUUAUGUUCAUUUUUUAGCAUGGUCUAGUGGUCCUUCCCCUGUCCAAGCACCUAAUAUUCUUAAGAGGGUCCCUUCUCCGUUCUUCUGAGAGUAGCUGGAAGUGGGGAGGCAGAAAAGGGUCCUCCUUUCCUUCCACUCUGCAGUUUUGAUCUGAACUGCUUCCACUAAUGAAAUCCCCUGUCGCAAAAUGCGCCCAGAACAAUGGGAGUUUCGAACGCUGCUUGCAUGAUGUUUAUAAAGGUAGUCUUUCCUGGAACGGAAGGUAAUGCUUAAACCCCUGCAGAAAGAGAGGCUGGAGCUCAGGGCUUUUCAGGGCCUUUCGUUUUCUACCCACAAACCUCUGGAUACACCCCCAUGAGUUGUGGCUGCUCAGUAGUGAAGACAGGCUUAUGCAGGAAGAUGAGGACUCAGGAGUUCCUUUACAUGUCCCAGUGAUUAUUAGGUUGCUUCCCCCUUCCUUGAUAGGUACCCACAGAUAGCUCCUCACUUCUAGGGAGGCUUGGGGCUAAGCACAAUUCAUUUUGGAGAUGAAGGACUGGUUGCCACUCUCCCAGUUUCCUCUUCUGGUGUGAGAGACUGCCUGCGUUGACGAGGAGGGGAGGGGUGCGUUUGACGCGAGGGGCUUUGCAUCGCUGUAGAAUUCCAUCUGCUUUUGCGCUGACAGUGUCGGCCCGCCCAGGUUUUCCAUGAGCCUUAUAAAGGCACAGAUCCACAUUGUUCGCUCAGGCUUUGUUUAGAUCAGCCCCAGAAGCCAUUUUCAGCUGCAGGGUUUGGAGGCUUCUCAACUAAGGACGCCUCUGAGCGUGCAAAUCUUUAUUUGAAGAUAACCAGAGGUGAUGGUUGCAAACAUUGCAGCCGGACAUUUAUCAAUACACUUGUCGGUGCAAUAAGGUGGCCGGUGAUAAAAAAGAAAGAAAACUGGUGGUUCUCCUUUUUGCAUUUUCCUUCACUUCUAAACCAGCAUUUUGCUCCAGACAUGCACAUGCAUUGUGCUUUUGUUUCCAUCUGCUCCUCUUAACCCAGGCCCCACAUAUCUAGGCUUAGGGGCGCAGAUCAGAGCAUCCAACAGUUCUUGCCCCUUGUGGGUCUAACCUCCGUCAACAAAAUCAAACCGAUACCACAUUUGG